AUGCAAAAUUGCACCAAUUCUUUGGAAGUUCAGACCGCUUCCAUCCGUCCUCCACCUCCAGAUUUCCCUGGAGAUGACACCAGACCGACAUCUAAGAAGGAGCUCGCUGGAUGGUACAGCUAUGGCUGGGCUGCCGAGGUUUUUACAGUGUGCGCUAUGGGAUCGUUCCUCCCCAUCACCCUAGAGCAAAUGGCUCGAGACCGCGGUGUACUUCUUUCCGAUAAGACAACACCGUGCAGUGCUUCUUGGAGCUCUCUAGAGCUGACCUCACCAUCGAGGACAUGGAACACCAUCUUUGAUACCGCUGCAUCUAUUAAACCAGGCUCACCCAGAACAAGCCAGUGCAUUAUCCAUAUUCUCGGCGUUGAAGUCAACACUGCAAGCUUCGCUAUGUACACAUUCUCACUGAGUGUGUUCAUACAAGCCAUCUUGAUAAUAUCAAUGUCAGGUGCUGCGGAUCACGGAAGCUACCGCAAAAUGCUGUUGGUCAUCUUUGCACUUAUCGGGUCCGUUUCUACAAUGCUGUUCCUUGCAGUCGUUCCAAGGCUCUACCUUCUAGGUGGGUUGUUAGCGAUUAUAGCUAAUACAUGUUUUGGAGCUUCUUUUGUACUAUUGAAUUCUUUUCUGCCUCUGCUGGUUCGCUAUCAUCCCAUAUUGCUGGGUGGACAUGGUGAGGAGGAUUCACCCACCGAGCCCAACCAUGAUUCGACCUCUACAGCCGAUGGCUCGGGUCAAACCGACGAAACUGAAGUAACAUCAUUGCUUCGGCCAGAACAAAGCCGCAAUGCCUCUACUACGGGCGAUGAUACUCAAGUGUUUGCCUCGAAAACUUCUCAAGAAUUGAAGCUCUCCACAAAGUUAUCCUCAAACGGGAUCGGGAUCGGAUACAUAGGUGCAGUGAUACUGCAAGCAAUUUGCAUCCUGGUUGUUGUCGAAACUCACCAGACAACAUUCUCGUUACGCCUAGUCCUCUUUUUGAUUGGGCUCUGGUGGUUUACCUUCACCAUACCCGCGGCAAUGUGGCUACGUGCCCGGCCCGGCCCGCCCCUUCCAUAUGGGAAGGAGACUCGUACAUGGACUAGUUAUAUGGCAUACGCUUGGAAAUCUUUGGGCAGAACAAUAAUGCGCACUCGACAUCUGAGAGAUAUCCUGUUGUUUCUGGCAGCCUGGUUCCUCUUAAGUGAUGGUAUUGCGACAGUCAGCGGGACGGCCGUCCUGUUUGCAAAGACACAACUGGGAAUGCAGCCAGCCGCUUUGGGGCUGAUAAACGUCAUUACGAUGAUUGCAGGAGUCUUUGGAGCUUUCUCUUGGAGCUUUGUGUCGCGAGCAUUCAAUCUCCGAGCUUCACAAACGAUAGUUGCUUGCAUUAUAUUAUUCGAGCUUGUGCCGCUCUAUGGUCUCUUAGGCUUUAUCCCCGCAAUCAAAAGUCUAGGGUACUUAGGCCUCCAACAACCAUGGGAGAUGUACCCAUUGGGCGUCAUAUAUGGUCUCGUCAUGGGUGGGCUUUCUUCAUACUGUCGGAGCUUCUUUGGGGAAUUGAUCCCUCCGGGAUAUGAGGCCGCAUUCUAUGCUCUGUAUGCCAUCACUGAUAAAGGUUCCAGUGUUUUUGGUCCCGCCAUUGUUGGCAUCAUCACCGACCGUUACGGGGAAAUCCGACCUGCGUUCGUCUUCCUGGCUGUCCUGAUUCUGCUUCCUUUACCAUUGAUGCUUUUGGUCGAUGUAGAGCGUGGAAAGAGGGACGCGCUUUCACUUUCGAAGGAACUCGAGGGAAGAACCAGACAGGAGGUGCCGGCCUAUGGAGCUGUCACCCAAUGCCCGUCUCAUAGCGAGGACCUAGUGGAAUAG